AAAGAAGACAUUGGGUAUAGAGAUCAAAGUUUAGACUUAAAGAAACUUCCUGGAUACUAUUUGAAAUUAUCGAAAAUAAGGCUCACAGGAUUGGUAGUGUUAACAACAAUGGCUGGAUAUGGUAUAGCACCAACUGUUUUUGAUCCUACUGUGUUUGUUUGUUGUAGUUUAGGUACAGCUUUAACUUCUUGUGCUGCUAAUUCCAUUAACCAGUUUUUUGAAGUUCCAUUUGAUUCCCAAAUGAACCGAACUAAAAAUCGAGUUUUAGUUAGAGGACAUUUAAGUCCAUUGCAUGCUGUAGGAUUUGCAGCAGUAUCAGCUGUUACAGGUGUAUCCAUUUUAACAUUAGGGGUGAAUGGAAUAACAGCAGCUCUAGGUGGUUUUAAUCUAUUGCUAUAUACACUAGCUUACACCCCUAUGAAAAGAUAUAGUACAGCCAAUACAUGGGUGGGUGCUGUAGUUGGUGCUAUUCCUCCUAUAAUGGGAUGGACAGCGGCUACUGGUUCCUUAGAUACUGGUGCCUUCCUAUUGGGUGGAAUAUUAUUUGCUUGGCAGUUUCCUCAUUUUAAUGCUUUAAGUUGGAACCUACGACCUGAUUAUUCUAGAGCCGGCUAUCGAAUGAUGUCGGUGGUAAAUCCACAGUUGUGUAAACGUGUAGCAUUUCGUUAUUGUCUAGUGACCACAGGAUUGUGUUUGACUGCUCCCUUACUUGACGUUACAACAUGGAUGUUUGCCUUAGAUUCUCUCCCCUUGAACCUUUACUUAUCCUACCUCGGAUGGAAUUUUUAUCGAGAAGGUGACAGCAAAUCUUCAAGAAAAUUAUUCCGUUUUACUCUGAUUCAUAUUCCACUAUUAUUAAUCUUAAUGAUGGUCAGUAAAAAAGGAGUA